AUGUCCCCUUCCUGCUUUUCUCUGUUCAAGCCCAAGUCGGGUCGACAGGAGCAACCUCACGACUCUGAGAAACUGCCUCCUUCAUACGAGGCAACCUCUACCGUUUCGACGUUGAUCUCUGCGACCGAAGACUGGAAAUGCUACGAGGAAGAGCACAGUGACAGGCUGGACACGACUCAGAGAUUGGAACAACUCCGAGGCUUGAUGAAACAACAUGGGAUUGACUAUUACGUCAUACCGACCGACGAUGCUCAUCAAUCCGAAUAUGUUGCACCAGCCGAUAAAAGAAGACAAUUUAUAACAGGCUUCACUGGUUCUGCUGGCCAAGCCGUCGUUUCAGCAGACAAGGCGUAUCUUGUCACGGACUCGCGAUACUGGCUCCAAGCAGAACGCGAGUUGGACAGCAACUGGGAGCUGGUAAAGUCCAGAGGGCCUGGUCUACCCAAAGAUUGGACCGAGUGGCUUCCAUUUCAUGCUAGGAAUUCACGCAUCGGAAUCGACGGUCGCUAUAUACCACACUCGACCGCUGUUCUUCUGGCUGCACGACUCGAGCGAUUAGGCUCCGAGUUAGUCUAUCCUGAAGAUAACUUCGUCGAUUCCAUUUGGAAAGAUAGGCCUUCUCGAAGCCAAGAACGUGUAUUCCUUCACCCUCUCAAGUUCACAGGCGAACAUGCCCGUGACAAACUGAGGAGGUUGCGCGAAUGGAUCAGACAACAGCCCGAAGAUCUGUUUGCCUCCGAUGACUGUGAACAACCAGUCGCAACGGUGAUUUCUAGCUUGUCUCAUAUCGCGUACAUCCUGAAUCUGCGAGGACGAGACAUUCCAUACCAUCCUGUCUUCUUUUCUUAUCUCUUCGUAGGCUUAGCUCGCACAACCCUUUUUGUUCACUCAACGAAGGUUUGCGAGGGGGUUCAAUUGUACCUGUCCUCUCUUGAUGUCGACAUUAGACCGUACGACGAUAUUUGGGGAUAUUUGAAGAGUCGGGAAUGGGGCAAGGAAGGCAAGGUGGUCAUAGCACCGCAGACAUCGCAUGCAAUUGCUCGUGCGAUUUCAUCUUCCAAGCUAUCAGUAUUACCUUCCCAAGUGGAGACUAUGAUGUCCAUCAAGAAUGAGACCGAGAUUGAAGGUUUCAGGAGAGCCUAUCUUAGAGAUGGUGCUUGCUUUUCUCGUUUCCUUGCGUGGCUCGAGGCUGAAAUAGUGAAGGGCACCAAGUUAACAGAGUGGGAGGCUGCGGAGUGGCUCAACAAGGAACGAUUCAAGACCGAAAAUAACAUGGGACUAGCUUAUGAGAACAUAAGUGCUUCGGGUCCUAACGCUGCUUCCCCUCAUUAUGGGCCAACUAAGGAGACGGCGGGACUUAUCGACACUCUCACCCCUUAUUUGAACGACUCCGGAGGACAAUAUCUCGAUGGUACUUGCGAUACAACCCGGACAGUACAUUUUGGAACGCCCGCCGACGAUCAGUGUGAAGCUUAUACACGGGUGUUGCAAGGACAUAUUGCAAUAGACACUGCUAUAUUUCCAGAAGGAACCACAGGCCUGCAACUUGAAGUUUUGGCACGCAAUAAGUUGUGGAAGGAGGGGCUGACUUACCUGCACGGCACUGGACACGGAUUUGGGUCUUACAUGAACGUACAUGAGGGACCACAGGGAUUUGGGAUUCAUGUUCCUUUCAGGUUGGGUCAUGUCGUCACGAACGAGCCUGGAUUCUAUCAACCGGAACAAUUCGGUGUUCGAAUCGAAUCAUCUCUUGUCGUGAAGAAAGUCAGGACCAAGGGAAACUUUGGUGGCGAUAUUUGGCUUGGAUUUGAACGUUUGACUCGUGUUCCCAUUGAUACUCGGAUGGUGAAGAGAGAAUUGCUUACGACAGAUGAGAGACGAUGGCUGAAGGAUCAUAACGACAUGUGCCUGAAGGACUUGACUCCGUUACUCAAGAAUGAUAAAUGCGCGAUGGAAUGGCUCGAACGACAAGCUCGCCUCGCCGAUGCACUUUUGCAUUAG